AUGGCGGCUUCCAUUGCUGGGGGCUGCGGGACCGCGAUGGACCUGGCUCGGAGCUUUCGAGUGGUCUGGGCACUGCUACCUGCGCGGUCCUCUGUCUCCAGCCGGGUCUGCGUGGUUCUGGGCCGGCAGCAGAGUACUGGACCCUCCGAGCCCGGUGCGUUUAAGCCGCCGCCGAAACCGGUUAUCGUUGACAAACGCUUGACCCGGCGCCAGGAAGGCAGGUUCUUGAGUCCUGAAUUCAUUCCUCCUCGGGGAAGAACAAAUCCUCUGAAAUUUCAGAUAGAAAGGAAAGAUAUGUUAGAAAGGAGGAAAGUACUCCACAUUCCAGAAUUCUAUGUUGGAAGCAUUCUUCGUGUUACUUCGUCUGAUCCAUAUGCCAGUGGAAAAACCAGUCAGUUUCUGGGGAUUUGCAUUCAAAGAUCAGGAUCAGGACUUGGAGCUACUUUUAUCCUUAGAAAUACUAUUGAAGGACAAGGGGUUGAGAUUUGCUUUGAACUUUAUAAUCCUCGAAUCCAGGAGAUCCAAGUGGUCAAAUUAGAGAAACGGCUGGAUGAUAGCUUGCUAUACUUACGAGAUGCCCUUCCAGAAUACAGCACUUUUGAUGUGAAUAUGAAGCCUGUGGUAGAAGAAUCUAGCCAAGAAGUUCCUGUUAAUCAGCUGAAAGUAAAAAUGAAACCAAAGCCCUGGUCCAAACGCUGGGAACGUCCAAAAUUUAAUAUUAAAGGGAUCAGAUUUGAUCUUUCUUUAACUGAAGAACAAAUGAGAGAAGCUCAGAAGUGGAGUCAGCCAUGGAUUGAGUUUGAUAUGAUGAGGGAAUAUGACACUUCAAAAAUUGAAGCUGCAAUAUGGGAUGAAAUUGAAGCAUCAAAAAAGUCCUGAUUCUGUGAAUGAAUUUGGUUACUUGUUAAGGAUAUAUUGACUCUCAGAAGGUUUAUUUAGAUACCAUUUUAACUUUGUAAAGACAGUUAUUAAAUCAGCUAAACAUUCUUUAUUUUGUUAGAACUUUUCUUACGCAGUGAAAUUAGCACAAGCUUGUUAUUUUAAAAAGAGAAAUACACACGCUUCAGUGGGUUCAUAUCCAUUCUCUCACAGGAGACCAGUCUAGUCAAACUUAGCAGCUUUCUCUGGAAUCUGAACAAGGACAUUGGUAAGGUCGCCUUUUUUUUCAAAUCAUAAAUACCGAAAAGUAUGGUGUAGAGAGUAAUAAUGAAAUCACUUCUCCUGUACCCACACCAGCCUAAGAAGUAAAACAUGCAGUAAUAUCUAAGAAGGGCAAGAAGUAGAACUCUGCUAGCAUCCAGAGACUCUUGUGCAUCCCACUUGCAUCCCUCUCCUUCCCCCUUGGAGGCCUGUCCUGGCUGCGUGUUAAUCAUUCCCUUACAUGUCAUUUAUGACGUCCAUACACAUUCUUAAGCAAUACAUCUAGUUUUGAAAAUUCUGUUGGCAGAUACAGGAGGGCAAUGCCAUUAUUACAUGAAGACAUAAGGGAGAGCAUAAUAACGUCUCGGGUCAUAGUUUGAUUUUGGCUUCCCCGAGAGUUCACAAAAAUCAUUUUUGAGGGAGUUCAUGGCUAGGGUCACGGUGAGUGCUGCUGGACAAUAGGUUCACGUGGGGCCUUAGGCAGGGUUAAGGCAUGGACUGGGUAAUUGAUGCCUGACAGAAGUGUGGUUGGAGGGAGUUAACUGUUGUUUGGUUCCAUGAUGAUGAAUCAAACUCCCACUUGGAGGAGUGGUUGAAAACAGCGUUCCCAGAGGGUGAUGUGAGUGUCCUUGCUGAUCCACACGUCUGGGUAUGGGCUGAAAAGCGGGCAGUUAUUCACCUGGUAAAGACCAGCCUCUGGCUAACUUGGCUCCCUUGGGUAUGCUGUUCCUUGUGUUAGAAAGAGUCCAGUACUAGCCCAGCUCUUGAUGAGGCAGCCCUCAACCUGUCUGUCUUUUGACCAUGUUGCUUAAAUCUACCCUCUUGUACCUAGCUAUUUUGACAUUUGCAUUCAUUCCUGUUUUACUGUGUUUUCUGGAUUCUUAGUUUUCUGUUUUAUUGGGUUUUGGUGGGGCAUAUCUUUUGGUAGCUUCUAGCAGAAGGAUGUGUGGAAGUAAAUUGUAGACCUUGUGUGUCUGUCAUAUUUGAUAGCUAUUAUUUCAUAGAAUUGUAAGUAGUAAAUAAUUUUCCUUCAGAAUUUUGAAGGCGUGUAUUGCUCCGGUGUCUUUUUUCCAGUGUUGUCCUGAGAAAUCCAAAAUCAUUUUGAUUUCUGCUCCUUGUGUGUGACUUGAAAGCUUAAAGACUAUCUUGGUCCUGAGGUUUAGGAUUGCCUUGGUGGGUCUAAUCGCUUAUGUUGGGCUUUUGAGGAACCCCUUCAGGAUGGU